AUGGGUUUUAAGGUAAAAUUAGAAAAACGAAGGAAUGAAGUAAAAACGUGUUUAUGUAUUGGGGUUGAUCCCGAUGAGAAGGAUAUUGAGAACUUUAUGAAGAAUGAGAAAGAAAAUAAUUAUAAAAAUAUAAAGAAAAAUUUGAAAGAGAAGUAUAUAAAUAAUGUAUCUAUAAAGAAGGAUAUUUUAUUGAAAGCACCUAAUAAUAUUAUAAGAGAAGAAAAAAGUGAAGAAUUCUUUUACUUUUUUAAUCAUUUUUGUUUUUAUAUAAUUAAUGAAACGAAUAAAUAUGCCUUAACGUUUAAGAUGAAUUUUGCUUUUUAUAUUCCUUAUGGAUCAGUAGGUAUAGAUGUAUUAAAGAAUGUGUUUGAUUGUUUAUAUGAAUUAAAUAUUCCAACAAUAUUAGAUAUGAAAAUUAAUGAUAUAGGAAAUACGGUGAAAAAUUAUCGAAAAUUUAUAUUUGAAUAUUUAAAGAGUGAUUCAUGUACUGUUAAUAUAUAUAUGGGAACAAAUAUGUUAAAAGAUAUAUGUUAUGAUGAAGAAAAAAAUAAAUAUUAUAGUGCAUUUGUUCUUGUUAAAACUACUAACCCAGAUUCAGCUAUAUUUCAAAAAAAUCUCUCUUUAGAUAAUAAACAAGCAUAUGUAAUUAUGGCACAAGAAGCUUUAAAUAUGUCCAGCUACUUAAAUCUAGAACAAAAUAAUGAAUUUAUAGGUUUUGUUGUUGGAGCAAAUAGUUAUGAUGAAAUGAAUUAUAUACGAACUUAUUUUCCAAAUUCUUAUAUUUUAUCACCAGGAAUAGGAGCUCAAAAUGGAGACUUACAUAAAACCUUAACAAAUGGAUAUCAUAAAAGUUAUGAAAAAAUUCUUAUAAAUAUUGGAAGAGCUAUAACAAAAAAUCCAUACCCUCAAAAAGCAGCUCAAAUGUAUUACGAUCAGAUUAAUGCAAUCUUAAAGCAAAAUAUGGAAUCAUAA